UGGACUUGCAUGAAUACAAACACACUGAAUCGUACUGACAUUACUGGUGUGAGUUAACACAUGGAUGCUGCAACUGUGCGUUUUAAGUGAUGUUAUGAUGGCUGUAAAUAUCGAGCGAUUUCUUAGCGAGGGUAAAGGGAAUGGUUUACGGGCUCUGCGUGAAAUCAAAGUCGGAGAGGUUAUUCAUUCGUGUGAGCCUUUUGCAUUCUGCAUAGCGAAGAGUUUCUUGAAAACUACAUGUCAUAAUUGUCUCAAGAGAGGUGAAAGUUUACUAAGAUGCUCUCAGUGUAAGACGGCCCGAUACUGCAGUGCUCAGUGUCAGAAACAAGCGUGGCCCGAGCACAAACGAGAAUGCAAAUGUCUAAAGCGUCUCCAGCCGAGAAUCCCCACCGACUCCGUCCGACUUGUUGCCAGGAUCAUUUUCACACUGCUCAGCCAGUCAAAAAGCGACAAAGAUGAGCUGUACUCGCUAACUGAACACCAGUCUCACCUGGAGGAUAUGUAUGAUGAGAAGAGAGAAGGUCUGGAGGAUCUCUGCUCCACCCUGCUGGUUUAUCUCGGCGAGGAGAACUGUGAUGUUUCUCAGCUGCCUCCCGGCCUCGAACCCAUCAACCUGCUCGCCAGAGUGACCUGCAACUGUUUUAGCAUCAGUGAUGGAGAGCUGCAGGAUGUGGCGGUGGGCCUUUACCCCAGCAUGUCUCUGUUGAACCACGACUGCCAGCCGAAUUGUGUCAUGAUGUUUGAGGGCAAGAGGCUGAUGCUGCGAGCGGUCCGGGUCAUCAGAGCCUGUGAAGAGUUGACCAUAAGCUACACCGAUGUCCUCGCACCCAGCACAGAGAGACAGACCCAUUUACAGGAACAGUAUCACUUCCUAUGUCAAUGCAAGAGAUGUACCACUCAUGACCGGGACACCGAAAUGCUGGCAGGAGAGAAGUCUGCAUGGACGGCCCUAAAAGACUCCAUACCUCACCUGGAGCAGCUUCAGUCAGAGCAAAACUGGGAUGAGUUAUUGAGAGAGAGCGAGACUCUUCUACACAGAUAUGCAGAUGAUCUCCCAGACAAGAACAUCUAUGUGCUCAGACUGCUGAAUUUGGUCGUGGAUGCAUGCAUCAGUUUGGAGGAUUAUGAGAAAGCACUGAAGUAUGGAAACAGAGCUCUGGUACCUUACAAGAUCUACUACACUGAUCCUCAUCCAUCCAAAGCUGUGGAGCUCCUGCGAGUGGGAAAGCUGCAGCAUUACCUGGGCAGGGUGGAGGAGGCUCAGAGGAACUUCACACUGGCCUAUGACAUCAUGAAGGUGACCCAUGGGGCGGAGCAUGCCCUGACCAAUGAGGUAACAAGGAAGCUGGGGGAGUGUCAGGCUGAACUGGGUCGAGUCUAGAUGACAUAUCCCUGUGUCCUCAUCAUCAUCAUUCAUCACAGAGACCGAUCACAGACAUCACACCACAGCUCCAGAUCUAGCUGUCAAUCACCAACAGUCUGCUAAAUUUGCCUGUAAAUGAAGUUUUUCUGGGUGGUUGUGUCUGCCAGCUGCUUUUGUGCCACUGUGUAUCCUACCAGCUGGUUUAAAUUAAAAAAAGAGAAGAUUUUUUUUCACAUUUUCUUAGCAUGCAAGAGGGACACUGUCAAAAAAAACAGGUUUGUUGCAUUUUUUAUGUAUUGCAGUAAUAACAGUGGCACCAGAACAGAUGUUCAUAUUCAUCACUUGACGUAGUCUAUAAAACAGUUUGAGUUUUAUUUUUUUAAAUAAAUGUUAAUGGUCUGGCUGUACACUGUCAGAAAAAAUGGUCAAAAUAUGUACCCCAGCUGUCACUGGGCUUGUACCCUUUUGAAAGGUACAACUUUGCACCUAAAGAGAGCUUAUUAGUACCUAAAAAGGUACGUUUUGGUCCCAAUGUAUACAUAUCUGUACCACAUACUAUACAGUAUGAUACAUAUUAAGACCUUUUUAAAGAGAACUGCCCCACCAACAGCUGGGGUACAUAUUUUGACAAUUUUUUCUAACAGUGUAUGGAUCCAUAAACAUCAACCUCAAUCUCACAAAGAGAUGCAUUUCUUAAAAAAUGUAUUGAACAGAUUGAAUGCGACAUCAUUAAGAAAUGUAAUGUUUAACCAGCAGCUGUUAUGUUUCUUAAAAAAUUUAUGCCAGAUCAUUAAUAAUCUGUAAAAAACAACACCCGGAUGAAAGAUACAGGCAAAACAGAUAAUAAAUAAAAGACGUACUGUUUGCAAGAACGUAAAAAGCUCAGAAAUGGGCCAUUCAACCAAAUGACUCUUAGGAUAUAGCUUUUCAAAAAGGUUUAUUACACAUUUGUCUAAUGACCCUUAAAGCCACAUCACUUGUAUAUCCAUUUCAUUUUGAUUUAGAUUUAAUAAGAACACCAUCAACCUUUUCAGUAAUAACUGUGUGUUAUGCCUCAUAAAAACACACAUCAGUGCUUCUCUUCAGUUUCUCAUCAUAACAGAGCCAUUUGCUUUGGUUUUAUAAAUGCAUUUCUGUUCAUUUAUACGCUGGACCAGUGCUUGAUUUGUGGUACACUGUCAGAAAAAAAUGGUCAAAAUAUAUACCCCAGCCAUCACGGGUGCAGUACCCCAUAAAAGGUCUGAACUUUAAACUUAGGUACAGAUAUGCAUACAUUUGGUACCAAUAUAUGAGGCACUUAUAUUAUGAACUCUUUAUGGGUGGAAAGCUGUACUUUGAAAGGGUACUGCUCCAGCGACAGCUGGGGUACAUAUUUUGACAUUUUUUUCGGACAGCAUAGCAUACUUACUAUGAAAUGCAUUUCAUGUUUCAAGUAAAAUAAAUGCUGCAGCUGUUUAACCCUUUAAGAUCUCUGGAGUCUUGUGUACAGUCAGUAUGCUAAUGGUGGCAACUCUUUUCGAAAAACAAACUUUGAUAUUACAAAACAGCAUUUUUUUUCCAAAUAA